UAGUCAAUAGUGCUCUACAGUGAGUUUACAACUUCAUUUCAGUUUAUUGCAUUUUAAAUACUGUUCAUUUAAUAAAAAAAUACUAAACAGUGCUUGUAUGAUUCAUCGUCAAGGUUACAAAACAAAAAAUGUUCCUUUGUCAUUAUUGAAGUGAAUCAUUAUUAAUUUAGUAUAUUGUGCUUGUGCGAUUCGCUAAAUAGUAAUUCGGUUGGACCUUUCAUCUCCCAGUUUGUGCCAUUUGAAAACUUUAAAUUAUCUGUUUUAGAAACUGAUAAGACAUAGUAUAUAAAAAAUGGUCAAUUAAUUGUUAUCGCUGUAUAUCCUCGGGAUUAUUAUUAUUAUUAACAACAGUUCGACUUGAGUCAUAGUUCCGCGAUGUGUUGAUGUGUUUAUUUUUAGCGCUCGCCAAUGCAUUGAACAAUGAAUUUAGUACAAGCAAAAGUAUUUUCUGUGCUAAGCAUUGGCGUAUCGAGUUUCUUAACGGGUGUGUUUCCUAACUGCUUUGUUAACCAAGGUAGAAGUCCAUGGCCUUUAGUACUUUCAAGCCUCCUAUGUUUUGGCGGAGGGGUACUUCUAGCAACGUCCCUGGUGCAUAUCUUACCGGAGGUUAAAGAAUCUUUACCAGAUAAUUUUAAAAAAUACGCAGAAUUGUUCUACUGUGCCGGCUUUUUUAUUUUGUACAUAAUCGAUGAAAUAAUACAUUACGCAUAUGGUAAUUCGGAAGAUGAAGCAGCUAGUCUUUUACAUGACCACGGCCAUAACAACAGUAGAAGAAACUCAUAUGGAACUAUUAGAAAUGAAACACGAGCAUCAAGGCAGCUAAGUGCUCAGUCAUUUUCACGAGCUCAAAGUGAUAGUGCUCUUUUUAAUGAACAAAUUGCUGACCAAUUAAGUAUUAACAGUCAACCAGAACCUUCUUCGUCCACUCAGACUGCAAACAUAGGACUGUUAGUUGCUUUGUCCGUUCACGCAUUAUUAGAAGGAUUAGUUGUUGGAACAGAAGCGGAACCUACAAAGGUAUUAUUAUUCUUAGGGGCAAUAUGCAGCCAUAAGCUGGUGGUAUCCUUUUGUCUAGGCGUAAAACUAGCAUCAAGUUCCUCCAUUUCAUUGCAACGACAGUUUUCUUAUAUUCUUAUUUUCUCUGGUGGGUCAUCAGUUGGAAUAUUAGUGGGUAUGGCAGCAUCGACUAUCCAUAGCAGCGUAACAAGUUAUGUGAUACCAAUACUACAGGCUCUUGCAGGAGGAACCUUGUUGUAUGUAACAUUGAGUGAAAUCCUUCCAAAAGAAAGGACAAAAUGGCAUCAACAGCAUGAAAAACAACUUGCUGGAAUAUUUCAACUUAUCUCAGUAGCUGUUGGUUUUACGUUUAUGACUUUUUUAAUCUACUACAUUGAUUAGGCAUAUUUUGGAAUAUGAAUAUUUUAGAAGAUUCGAAGAUAUGAGUAUUUUUAAAUAAAAACUGUUGUGUAACAGACUAUUUUUUAUAAGACUGUAUACAUAGACAAUAUUACUAUUAGAUUUUAAGAAUUUUAUAACUGCGACAUAUUUAUUUAAUAAAUGGAACUUUUAAGCUAUA